AUCACUUACUAGAACGUUUCAUCUCGGUGCAGGGACUAUUCUCUGUCUCUCUGCCACGGGGAGAGGUGCCUUCGCGGCUCCGUCUCCGCAGCCAUGUCCGCCAACUACUGGGAGUCGACGCAGCGGCGGCAUUGGCUCUUCACCAAAGAUGAGCUCGCCUCGAUGCGACAGAAGCUGGAGGAUGAGAGCGCCGAGCUCGUCCGCAUGUUUCCUCUCCCGCAGCCGCGACACAUGGCCAUCUACUUCAAUCAACAGCUGCUGCGAUUAGGGAAGCGUCUCACCAUCCGCCAGCAGGCCAUGGCCACGGCGCAGGUCUAUCUGAAGCGCUUCUACACACGAGUCGAAAUCCGCCGCACGAACCCUUAUCUCGUCAUUACGACUGCGAUAUACCUGGCCUGCAAGAUGGAAGAGGCGCCGCAGCACAUCCGCCUGAUUGUGACCGAGGCUCGGCAACUCUGGCAGGAUUUCAUCGGGCUGGACACGUCCAAGAUUGGAGAGUGCGAAUUCUUUCUCAUUAGCGAGAUGAGCUCCCAGCUCAUUGUACAUCAACCCUACCGAAGUCUGCUGGCUCUGCGCAGCGAGCUGUCCCUGGUCGAUGAAGAUGUGCAGCUCGCCAAGUCGAUCAUCAACGACCACUACAUGACGGACCUGCCGUUCCUCUGCGCACCACACAUCGUCGCGCUGGUUGCAAUCCUCCUGGCUCUCGUUCUGCGCCCAAACUCCACGGUUCCAGGGCAGAGCGCCUCGGGAUCUGCCGCAGCAGCUGGUCUGGCAGCCGCGCAGGCCGCCCUGAGCCAAGCACACUCCGCUCGAUCAGGCCAGGGCGGGAUUCUCGCUGAGAUUCCCUCGACACCAGAGGUCAAAGAAAGGGUUCAGGAAGCCAGAAUCACCCGCGUCCAGCAUUUUGCGGCCUGGCUGGCAGAGAGCGACGUCGACAUUGCUGCCAUGGUAGACGCAACCCAGGAGAUAAUAUCCUUCUACGAGUGCUAUGAACAGUACAACGAUAAGCUCACUAGGGAGCAAAUCAACCGGUUCGUCAAGGCCCGAAAUCUCGACAAAUAGGCACGUCGUCGGGCCCGACGAAGGAGCAAACCAGCCGGGUACUUGAUUGCAUGUAAUUCGACAGGGAGGGUUCAUCACCAGCACUUACCUACCAUGAACAAUCAGACCAGUACUUGGACAACUUGGCAGUGACAGUCGCUGAAAUAGCCGCUGAAGAACCCCGUCCUGAAACGUUUGCGACAACGAAUAGCGUUUAUCAUAAAUAUGAUGUUAUUUAGAAAUAGGGGGGUUGAAGCAUUGGAAGCAUGGAAGCAUUGGGUAUGCGGCGUCUUGGAAGGGUCUUUGGAUUGUUUGAAACGAUAUCUUUGUUUGAAUUUCACAAAUCAGCGGCCUUCUUUCUUUAUUUCUUUGUUUUGGAGUAUACGGGCUAGGCCAUGGCAUGGACAGGGUGGGAUUAUCUUGGGGAAUCGAUGCAUCAAAGGCUCAUAACUCAUACGCAUUAAAUAGAACAGCGCCGGUCUUUUG